UGGAGCAGAGCUGAGGAGCCCUGGGGAGUCUCAAAGUUUUGAGUCUGGAGCAGUAGCGGAGAGUGGGCUUAUUGAGAGGGGCUUUUCUUGGGAUGAGAACUGAUCUCCUGCCUUUAUUUUGGAGGCACACCCUGGUUUAUUCUCCUCAGCCUACGAUCUGAUCUCUGGACAAUCUGUCUCCUCAGGAGAUCCUCAGAUCUCCGAGGACACUGGACCCUUGGCAGUUCUGUCUGAGGCAGAGGAGUGAACCGUUUGCUUCCUAAGUGCAUAAGCUACACGCAUACGCACGCACACACGGGCACACACACAGGCACACACCCUCACGCGGAGGCGGAUCUCGCCCACCGAGGCCGCCCAGUCCGCUCCCCUCCUGCGCUCAGCAUCCUCGGCCCAUCGCGCCUCGGACCACCAUGGAGGUGCUGGAGAGCGGGGAGCAGAGCGUCCUGCAGUGGGACCGCAAGCUGAGCGAGCUGUCAGAGCCCGGGGAGACCGAGGCUCUCAUGUACCACACGCACUUCUCGGAGCUUCUGGAUGAGUUUUCCCAGAACGUCUUGGGCCAGCUCCUGAACGACCCUUUCCUCUCAGAGAAGAGCGUGUCGAUGGAGGUGGAGCCGUCCCCAACGUCCCCGGCGCCCCUCAUCCAGGCUGAGCACAGCUACUCCCUAUGUGAGGAGCCUCGGGCCCAGUCGCCAUUCACCCACAUCACCGCCAGCGACAGCUUCAAUGACGAUGAAGUGGAGAGUGAGAAAUGGUACCUGUCUCCAGACUUUCCACCAACAACCAUCAAGACAGAGCCCAUCACGGACGAGCCACCCUCGGGACUUGUCCCCUCUGUCACGCUGACCAUCACCGCAAUCUCCACCCCGUUUGAAAAGGAGGAAACCCCUCUGGAAAUGAACGCUGGGGUUGAUUCCUCAUGCCAGACCAUUAUUCCUAAGAUUAAGCUGGAGCCUCAUGAAGUGGAUCAGUUCCUAAACUUCUCUCCCAAGGAAGCCUCCGUGGACCACCUGCACUUACCACCCACUCCUCCCAGCAGCAACAGCAGCGACUCCGAGGGCAGCCUGAGUCCCAGCCCGCGCCUGCAUCCCUUUGGCCUUCCGCAGACCCACAGCCCCGCCAGGGCCCCGGCGCGGGCCCCCUCGGCGCUGGCCAGCUCCCCGCUCCUCACUGCUCCUCAUAAGCUGCAGGGAUCAGGCCCCCUGGUCCUGACGGAGGAGGAGAAGAGGACCCUGAUCGCCGAGGGCUAUCCCAUCCCCACCAAGUUGCCCCUGACGAAAUCAGAGGAGAAGGCCCUAAAGAAAAUCCGGAGGAAAAUCAAGAAUAAGAUUUCAGCCCAGGAAAGUAGGAGGAAGAAGAAAGAAUACAUGGACAGCUUGGAGAAAAAGGUAGAGUCUUGUUCAACAGAGAACUUGGAGCUUCGGAAGAAGGUGGAGGUUCUGGAGAACACCAACAGAACUCUCCUGCAGCAGCUGCAGAAGCUUCAGACUUUGGUGAUGGGCAAGGUUUCUCGCACCUGCAAGCUGGCCGGCACGCAGACUGGCACAUGCCUCAUGGUCGUGGUGCUGUGCUUUGCCGUAGCGUUCGGCAGCUUCUUUCAGGGCUAUGGGCCCUAUCCUUCUGCCACCAAGAUGGCCCUGCCCAGCCAGCAUUCCCUGCAGGAACCCUACACGUCCUCCGUAGUGAGAUCCAGGAACCUGCUGAUCUAUGAGGAACAUUCUCCCUUGGAGGAGCCGCCCAGUUCUGCCUCAGCUGGGGAGCUGGGACGCUGGGACCGAGGCUCUGCUCUGCUUAGGGCAAAAGGGCUGGAGUCCAGGCCAGACGUGGAUCUUCCUCAUUUCAUUAUCUCAAAUGAGACCAGCCUGGAGAAAUCAGUGCUUUUGGAGCUGCAGCAGCACAUGGUCAGCACCAACCUGGAGGGGAAUGAGACACUAAAAGUUGUAGAACUCGACAGAAGAGUGAACGCCACCUUUUAAAGAGGCUAUCGCCACCUCCCUCUGUCUCUUCACUUUGCCUUUACCUCUCCAAACCACCUUUUGUCAUAAGCUUUUCCUUUGUGCCCACCCAAUCUGGACGAAGACCUGGACCAGCGGUCCUGGCUCUGGAUGGGAGGACGGCCGGCCUGGAAUUUCCGCCUGCGGUGAGAGAGCGCCUCCCCCGGUCCCACGUCCCUCCCUGCAGAGGAGCCCGCCCCCGUCCCUCGCUUACUGCCAUAGGCAAUUAUCUUCGGUCGGGGUGGGACAAGCAGGCUUGUUUCUACCGACAGUGCCAAAAAGAUACGGCCCGAUUCUCACCGGGGUGGGUGUGACCGCCUCCUUGAAGAAGAGCUGACUGUUGUUCACUCGAGACCCCACAAAAAUUUACCAGGAUGCUCGUUGGAAUCUGGCGAAGCACUGACUGACGUCCUGCCUUCCUCAGCCUGGCUCUGCGGUGCCCCGCGGGCGCCCCUUGCCGCUCUGCCCUGGGCCCCGGCCCAGGGUCCCUUCGCCGGAGCAAGGCGCCCCCUUCGUACUCUCAGGCCGCAAGUGCAAUGCCUGAAGGAAUCAGGCUUCUCUACUCCAGGCAAACCUGCCCCGUCAUGUUGCUUGUAGGAUUUCUCCACAGUCUGUGUCCCCACACGCCCCUAGUUCUGCCUCCCUGGCUUCUCCUCCCCAUUUGUAAAUAGUAUUUAUUAGCUUGCAGAGGCUUCCCCGGGCGACCACUGAAGACAUCGGGACGCCUCCCCUCCAGGCUCACAAGGUCCUCUGUUGGCCUGUGGAGCGAAGAGGGCAGCCUGGACUCUGGGAUUCCCCAUUCUUCCAGGCCGUGUUUUGUUUUGUGUUUUCUUCUUCUUUUUUUUUUGGCUGGAGGCUUCUAAUUAUAGUUGGGGAACCUCCCUAAGCAUGUGUCCUCCUGGAGCAUGAACUCAGAGGGGAAGAGGGAGCAGGGCUCAGGUCUGAGGCUCUGUGGACAGGUGCUUUUUCUGCCCUGUGCCCAUGCCAGGGAAGCCCUGACCCAGGCGUUUCAGACAGCCAUGCUAGCUCAGUUUUCCCCACCUGCCCCGACUCGUCUGCCUUCCCUUCCUCUUCUGCCUCCAUACAGAGGCUGGGCCUGAGGCCUGCUCCUGGGGUCAGAGCAGGUGACAUUUCUGUAUCUGUGUCUUACCUUUUCUAGUCAGGUUUGGCCACUUUGCAGCUCACCCAAAGAGACACAACCUAAUCCCCCAACCUACUUCUUUUUUUUUUUUUUUUUUUUUAAUGAUUAAGAGUAACUUUUGUAGUUUAAAAAAAAAAAAAAGCUUUCAUUUUUCAUACAAAUAAGAAAUAGAAAUAGACUUUUUAUUGUAUAAUGUAGAAGGCUCCCCUUAAAUGUUUUUCCCUAGCUUGUAAAAGAUUUUGUGUAAGAAAUUUGCUCACAUUUUGGUUUUUUAUUUUUAGAAGUAGCUGAAGCACUUUUAGUUUGAACUCUCUUGUCUCUGGUUUUCUCAUCUCUUUUGUCAUUGGAACCUGUACUUAGGAGAGAUUAAGCCACUUCUGGGCCCUCUGUUCCAUAUCAGCCACAGAAUUUGGCGUCAUUAGUAUUUGCCAUGAGACCUCAUAAGCAGCGGACUCACUGGACGUGAGUCUGAGCAAACUCUGGGAGAUAGUGAAGGACAGGGAUGUUUGGCGUGCUGCAGUCCCAUGGAGUUGCAAAGCUUCAGAUAUGACUUAAAGACUGAACAACAAACUCAUAAGCAGAUCUGGUACCUUCAGGGCUCACCGUCAGUGAUUCUUCUCGCUCCCUACUGUGAUGGAGAAAGUUCCCACAGGGAGAUGGCCAAGUUCCCUUCUUGGCGCUGUGUAAAGCUGGAUCAGGAUCACAGUGGUCACCUCUCACUGCCCCAUCCAUUGGCCAGCAAAGGGUGAGACCAGACAGGCUGGGCUGUGUGGGAGGAGGGUUGCUAGUACCUGCCCUGUUCCCUUCUGUUUCUCUCUCCUUUCCUCUCUCCUUUCCUCUCUCCUUCUCUCUCUCCUUCUCUUCUGCUCUCAACCUUCCUGGGUCUGGCUGGUGUCUGCCAACCAAGAGCCUUUACUGACCCAUCCCUCUCUUUAAUAUGUCAUGUAAUUAUCAGGCACAGGCAGCCCAUGGGGUGGGGUCAAGGGUGGCUAAGAAGGUGAGAAGGUAGUAUUAACUCUAGUAUUUGGAUGAUUAGAAAGUGAAGCUUUUCCUGUGUCGAUGAGAAUGGGUCAGCUUACCCACCUGACACACUGGAACCAGAUCGGGUUUUUAAGGCUCCUGGAUUAGCCCGAGUGGAAAACCUUUUCUUCUGAGUAAAGAAGAAGAAGGCAAAGGACAACCAACUCCUAGGGCCCAUCCUUAGUGCCUUGAGGAUUUUAUUUCCUCACUUGACCUCACUCUUUCCAGUCCUCCAAAUGGCAGGGUUUGAUCUCUGGGCAGCCAUUCUUCCAGAACUGAAUCUGUGUCUAGAGACUGAGGACAUCAGCCUGAGGGCUCAAAUGGCCAUUGUAAGGGGACCCAAGGACCAGUUGCUGCUAUUUUGAGAAAGACCUCCGCUCCCCACUCCUUGCUUAGGCAAAGAAGAGGAACUAAACAGUUACCCCUUUAGGAGAAUGUAAUGGAGUUCAGAGGGUGCAGAAGAGCUGGAUAACACCAGAUCGGGUCUAAAUAGUUAAUGUGCACCUUUUCUCUUCCAGGGUUAAGCUCACAACGUCAGUGGAUUUGUUUUCCCCCUAGAACUAUCCCGUACCAUAGAUGAGUCAGUAAUACUUGGUUAGCCCUGAAGAUGUUAAAUAGUGAGUGGCAGGCUUUCGGCUUUGGAACCUCAGUUUUGGAAAAUUUGAGACUGUUAGCACAACCGUCAAUCAUAAAGAAUCAAUGUUCAUGAUAAAUAUAUUAAUAUAUUUUCCAUCAUGUCAGCAGAUUUUCCUCCUCCCUUUCUUUGAUUAGCCUAGUGGAGGAGAUGUCUUGUAAAAAGUUCAGAAAACACGUACUUUUUUUUACUGGGUGAGACCUGAGUAACCCAGACUCCCCAGCGUGGUUCUAUUCACAGCUCUGGACUUUGCACUUAGAAAUGGCUACUGUAAAUGAAAGGCCUCAGUGCCAAGUUUAAGAAAGGAUUUCUGUGAAGUGUUAGGACUCUGGAGCCUAGCUCACAUAAAGAGAGUGUUACAUAAAAAUCUGACAGCUGAACUAGGUUGCUCCUUUUGGGCAGGAGGUGGGGAUGAGUUUUGACACCAGUACAGGCAAAAUUAGAUAACCUUUUUAUUAGUAUAAAUGAUUUUGAUUUAGAGACCUAAUUUGUAGAGUGUGAAAACAACUUUUAGUGCAACUUAUUUACAAACCAACUAUAAAUACUGUGGGUUUUUUUCCUUCCUCAUGCCUGAAUACCAAGAGAGGGCUGUGAUUUGUCAUGUGUCCUUGGAGCAAGAGUGUUGAACUGGUUCACCUUUGUUCUGGCAGUGAGUCAGUGUCCAGAAUUUUUGACACAAGUGUUUUAUUAAAUUUUUUUUUUUUUGCACUUUGUGUCUCCUUCCUCUGUAUUCUCACACUGAGCAAAAGACAAGGAUCAGAGGCCCUUCAGGGCCAGCUCCUCUGAACACACAUGUCGUUUGUGUGGAGGGUGUAUGCUCAGAGACCUCCCACUUCCCAUCGGGGAGAUGGAGCCUCUGUGCGGCCUUGCUAAUGUGGGGAAAUGGGAGAUGGAGGCUGUAGCCUCCCCCUUCUCUGCCAAGUGCUCUUGUCAGUAAUUCAGUUCCGUGGAGUCCAGUCUUUAUUCCAGACACUAGCUCUCCUGCUUGCAGUGCAGACAGGCCAUUAGCAGGUAGUGCUCUGGUCAAGGUCAUUUUCUUUGAAUGCUUUUUAGCGGAGACAGUUAGGAGACAUGUGAUCGGUUGAGACCCUCUGGGAGAGCGUGGAGGCCUAUGAAGCAGCCAGAGACGGAGUUCAGAUUCUUCUUUCACUCACUCAUCCAUCCGUUCAUUCACUGAGUUGUCAUUCAUUCCCAAGAAAGAGUGUUGCAAGAGGCCCUAGUGAGUAUUGGAGAAUAAGGGGCCUGAGGAAGUUUCAUUAAUCAAUAACUAUUCGAACAGCCCAAGUGGCAGCUGUCUCUCUUUCCCUCCCUGCCCCCACCCCUUGCAUGGGUGCACACACAAGAAUACCUUCCUCCCUUGUCUUGGACACUCAUUUGUGCAUUACAUGUGCCUUAUAUUUGAAUCCAGGAUGACUGAGGGCCACCUUGUCAUUGGGAGAUUUUGUAUACACCCUUGUAGUACUAAAUUGAAGUGGGUUUGGACGAUGAAACUUCCAAAGCCUCAAAGAAUGGUUUCUUAAAAGUGAGCCUUGAUCACAUCUAUACAUCAGGAGAAAAGAAACAGUAACAUCCAUUAGGAAAAUCCCAUUUUUCCAAGGUGCGGUCACAUCAAAAAAUGGCCAGCUGGGAUUCAAGGUAUUAUAAAUCCUCACAGCAGAACAUUUUCUUGGCACAGAAGAAUCCAAUGCCUUUGAGGAUUCAGGCUCCAUGUCUCCGAGGCCAAAGGGUCAGUACCACCUACUACAGGACAUAUUUCAUGUUGUCAUUUUGGGUAACAGAAAAUUCAGGAAUGCUAUGUCUGGGUUUCUAGAAGGAAGGAAAAUGAUAAUUCUUAAACACUUACUAAAUGCUGGGUGCUAAGUAAGGUAUUCCCUGGUGACUCAGCAGUAAAAACAUCCACCAGCAAUGUAGGAGCUGCCAGAGACAUAGGUUCGAUUCCUGGGUCAGGAAGAUCCCCUGGAGGGGUGGGGGGCGUGCAUGGCAAUCCACUCUAGUGUUCUUGCCUGGAGAAUCCAGUGGGCAGAAGAGCAUGGUGGGCUACAGUCCAUAGGAUCACAGAGUCGGACACGACUGUAGUGACUUAGCAUGCACACAUAUACUAAAUAAGUCUUUUAAUGUUAUAGAAAGAGAAAACAAGGGCAACUAAUUAUUAUGAGAUGAUAAACAGCUAAGUGAUAUGGGAGGUGCAGCAAUUUGCGGAUUAGGUUGAGCAGAUCUCUUUCUGGGGGAGCACACUGUAAGCCUUGAAGUUCCUCUGGGCAGAGAAUGCAGUGCCUCCUACUCCCUGGGCUGGCCCCGCUGUGCAAAGUUGAGGGCUUUUUGCCUCAUACUGUAGAUGUUCAUCUCCUGUUCAGUUCAUCCCAUCCUCUGUGAGUUCCAGCUAGCAGCCUCUGCAUCCUGGGAAAGCAACACCAGCAAUUUUAGCUGUUUCUCUGCUCCUCUCGCUUGCUCACCAGCUGACUGAGAACAUGAACUUUUUACACCAUGGACCCAUGGCCUACACUGUUCAGCAAAUCUCCCUUUCAGACGGAAUAUUUUCUGAGUCUACGAAAAACACCAGCACUCUUUGACAAAUUGUGGGCGACCAUCUUUAAACAAUGCUGAACAGACUCUGGACUAUAAUCACCCUUGAGCUUUAAUCUUUGUGCUGACAGUCUGGGCUUUCUCUCUUUGGUAACAGGUUAUAUAGACCAGUAAUGUUUAAGUCUAAAUACAUUGUGAGUCUAUUAUCUGUCAUUAUCACGCUGUUUUUUUUUAAUGGCUUUUUAUUCUUUAUCGUAGCUAAAUAAAUACAAAAAAAAAGCAAAUGCUUUGUAGAAUACUUGUAUUUAGUUUGGAAAAAAAAUGAAUUUAAAUUGUUAUGCUUUUGUAUUUCCAUUUCUUGCAAAUAAAAAUAUUUUUUCUUAAAUAGUAAAAA